CCUACCGCAUCGGAUUCGAGGAAGUAGAAGCACUAUGCAGAGUGGAUCUCUGAUCUGAUGGAGAUGGAGAAGCUCUCCGAUUAACUGCAGUGGGAGGCUUGGUAUCCGACGGCUUAGGCUCGGUGGCGACAGCUCUCACCACGUAAUUCUGCCUAAUACUCGGAGAAAAAUGGUGACUCCUGAACUGUUAAUUACAGCCGGCAGCGGAAGAAUACGACGAGGCUCGAUGGAAAGCAAUCGCGAUCUUCCGACGGUGAUGGUGACGAAUGACGACGGAAUUGACGCCCCCGGCCUCCAAGCUCUUGUUCGUGCUCUGGUUUACUCCGAUCAAUACGAAGUCUUUGUCAGCGCACCAGAAAGGGAACAAUUUGCUGUUAGUCAUAGUUCGACAGUGCUAACUGUUAUGCUCGGAAACUUUGACAGCUGCAAUUCAAACCGGAGAGCAACAAAAACGAGAAUUGGGCAUGUGUUGGAGCAGAGGAAGAGUAAUUUUGAUUGUGUGUUGUGCGUUUAUUAGUUGAAUUGCUUAAAGUGUGAGUAGUUUAAUCAACAAGUGUGGAAAUACAUGGUG